UCGAUUUACGUGCAUUACCUUCUUCACUACUCAUUCUCAACUUCAACUCGCCUUACAAUAUGAUUUCCGCUAUCUUCGAUGGUGCCGCCCAUGUCACCGUCGCUGGGUGCCUCGGAGCAUUCUUUUUCAAACACACUGUGGUGGAUCGGACGUCCAAGGCCAUCAAAGAAGCGGAGAACGUCACCGCUGGCCUGGUCAUAUCCGAAUUCUGUAUUUCUGUCGCGGUACUAGUUCUAGCUUCCAACGAGACCGCCCGGAUACUCCUCAGUAAAGAUGGUCAACCCCCUCCGAAGCACAAUUUAGCCGAGCUCAACGCACCUCUCAUUUGCAACAAAGUGUCCGAUUUCUCUACUGCAGCAGACUCAAUUUUAUCCAAUCCAAUUGCAACCGAACCUUGCAGCAUUCCGCCAUCCAUAUCAAUUGCAACCGAACCUCGUAGCACUCCGCCAGACUUAACAAUUUCACUGAAUUCAAUCGCAAAUGACUCCUGCACUUCGCCAUCUACUACAUGUUCCGCAAUAUGCACGCCAAUCCUGCCAACUUCGCCGGUUCAAAAUACCAAGCGCCUCUCAAUCGAUUCCGGCACCACCCUUGUUGACCACGAUGACGACUUCGUGAAGGGUUUCUUUGAUGCGGACCUUCGUGAAAGUACUAUCCCCCAGGACGACAGCGACUGCUCCAGUAGCGACCUACUCCCAUGGACGAAAGCACUAACGAUCAAUAACUCGAGUGGACCCUUUCAACGGCCUGGGACGCAACUCCAGCCAAAUAUCCUAGAGGAUGGACAUCUGACGACCACCGACAUUUCGCUUCUUGUGGACGCUUCCACUCAAACGAUCACGCCUCGACUGAAACCCCCGGAUACGAAACGGCAUCAAAAUUUCCGCCCGGCAAGGCACAAGUGCGAAUCUAGAUCUACUCGCUUGGCCGCUGUCCGUGGCAGCAUCGAACGCACCCACUCCAAGCAACUAGAACACGCUACUGUGAUCGAUGACCUUGAACAACUACAUGACGAUCUCCUCGCCGACCAAACCGCUCUGGUCGAUGGCUGGGCAGCUGCCAUGGCCCAGCUUGGACUCCCCUCUAUGCUGUCGCCUGCACCACUGCUUCUGGAUCAGAAGACGCCCGACUCAGGAAAUUCGAUCGAAAUUAUUCAAGACCGACACCUUCACCCACAAUUCUACUCCCGAGGUCCCCUACGACCAAAUACCGAAGAUCUGCAACGGCCUCCCUCGCUGUCCCCUACGACCUGGAGCUUCAUGCCCGCGAGGUUGAAGGCCACCACUGGCCGCGUACAAACUAUGUCUUCGCGCCGCCCGGUUAUACCUGCAGUCUUCGACGUCGGACGUCCCCUACGACCAAUCCCGACACAACCGCAACCGCAUAACCGCCUCCUUCUUGUCUCACGCGACUUGGAGUUGAAGGCCACCGUCCGCGGCUCGCACAUACGUCUAUCUCAAGUCUCUUCCCUUGUCUUCGCCAUCGUGUAAAUGGCCCUCGAUUUAUUUCUUUGUCUUUGUAUUUCUCCUACCGGUAUCUACUUCGCAGAUCAUGGACUGCCUGUGACUUAUGGACGCGUCUUCUUUUAUCGAUAUGUACUCAGCAGACGUUGAACUGCCCAUUUCUUUUGUAACUUGUAGACACGAUUUGCCUUGUUUCUUUUGCAGUUUGGAAGCAUUUUUUCAUCUAUGAUAUAUAUCAUUUAACGAUGUUUCCAUAUUUUCGUAU